CCCUUCUGAACGCCCCUCUAGCUUGCGGAACCAAUUAAAUCCCCUCGCGUUGCGUUCACCGCACCAUAAACGCCGUUCCCCUUCCCACAGACACGAACAUUCCGUGUGCUCUUUUUUUUUUUUUAUGGUAAACCGGAGGAAAGGUGGUCGUUCUUUUUUGUGAUAGACUUUGUUUUCUCCCGGGCUCGGUUUUCAUCGCUGGCUUUACUGUCCGUGUCUUGAGUGCAAAUGGCAGAGCAGGAGAAGCAGCCAUUAACCGCCUCCGACUCAACGGUAUCGGGCUCGACGCAGACCGGGAGAGCGGUGGCGCUGGCCCGGCUACUGCACCAAGAAUGCAUCCAGCUGCUUGAGCUAUUCUGGCACUAUUCCUCUUCCAUAGGUCCAAGCCUUUUUGGAGCCCUAAGCAGAUUUCCCUUUGGGGCUCACCAUACCAACAUGUCAACACCAAAUGCUUUAUCAUCCCAAAGCUACCAUAAAGAAAGGGAGACCUCCUUGUCGGACCAAACACCAGACGGUGGACGUAUGGUGUCUUUGUCCCCCGAGGCAACAGAGUCCACUACAGAGGAGCAGGUGCAGCUGCUGCACUCGGCUCUGCGACAGUGUCUGGGGAUGAUCCACUGUGUCAUCCAAAAGGAGGAGGAGGAGUGGGGCAGGCUGGAAGACAACUAUGAGACCCUAAAAGCAUCUGUCCGAGCACGUCUGGAGAACCUGCUUCACACCACCAAAAAUCUCCUGAGGAGCAAAGAUAAGAUCUUGGAUGUAACUCCAGAUCACCAAUGUAAUGAGGACGUUGAUGGCAUCGGGGGAACCUUUGGCCUAAAAAUGUGGACCUACCGCGUGCUGUUGGAGCUCAUCCACUGGGCUGACCAAGCUGCAAAGACCCUGCAUGUUUUACAUGAAGAGAGGGAAGGAACAAAGUAGAUCUGACCCUUUUUCGUUUCACUCCAACAACAUUAAACAAACCUAAUCAACACUACCAACCAGCGUCUUCUUCUAAAUAUUCCUAUUUAAACUUGUAAACAGAUGAUCACUCUAUACACCUGACAUGGGAAAACUACUUAACACUACUAAGCCCCUUUAAAAGUGUCAGUAUUAUGUAUUUCCAUGCACAUAGUGGCAUUUUAUAUCACAACUGAAGGUUAUAACAACCUUCAGUUAUAAAAAUGCUAUAUAUAUCAAAUAUGACUUAAAAUAACUUAGACAUUGUAAUUUAAUGCCUUUAAAUUGGGCCUCUAUCUCUUUAAAACACUCCUGCUCUUUCUGAAACUGCCUUCAGGAAGUCAUCACAAUAUUGCUCGUCUAUUAAUCUGUUUAGUGCCCUGGACGAACAAUCUCACCUGCGCCCUCCAAUGUCAUUUGGAUGGAGAGGAGACACAUUGGUAUGUCUCAUGUCUAUCCCCACAACCCCUCCCCCCCUUACGAGAUGUCACCCUGGGCGUUUACCCAUGUUGCCCAUAUCAGAAACUGCUAUUUGGUGGCAACCAUUUAGCUGUACAAAAUGCCUGGGUGGCUCAAGCACAGCUCCUCCUCUGAGCUGCAAUUUCCAAUCUUCUGUCUCACAGAGCAACCUUCCCUUGCGACUCUGUGCAAUGCUGGUAAAAAGGUUGUUAAAGGGUUAAGAGCAGCUCUAUUGCCACAGAAGAUUAAAGGAUUUUCCCUGACACUGGUAUUUCCACUACAAAUGUUAGUGACCUCUGGUUUCCCAUGUUGAUUUUUUGUUUGGCAAAAAAACAUGCUUGUAGAGUUUGUAAAUUAGUUUGGUCUAAGAGGUAACUUAUAGAGGGCUUAUAUUUUUCUCUUUUCUUUGAAUGCAGUUUAAAUUUUUAUUUAAAUCGAUUUCAGUUAAUGGCUAUAUAUAAAUAUAUAUAUAUAUAUACAGUAUAUCUAUACCUGCUGUUAACACUCCGCAAUUUACUAACUGCUAGAGUUUAACCAAAAAUCCACAACUGAUGAACUGUGACUUACAUGUGCAGCUGAUUGUGUUACCAUUUUUAGAUUUUAACAAACAUGAUCUACACAUUUAAUCUAAAUGAUGUCCUAGAGUCUCGUCAUGUGUGUUGAGGCACCAUCUGUGACAUGGUGUCAUGUUUUUGCUGCUUUGUUCAUAGUUCUCUCCUGAUACUUGAAUGUGCUGCUGAACUCUACAUUAUUUGACCAACUGGGUGUGUCCCCUUUCUCCCCUCCCCCAAUCCCUAGUCUUGAGGCCUGGAAAUAGUAUCAGAACUGCUGUAUUAGACUGAUUUUUUUUUAUUUUAUUUUAUUUUUCACAGUGAAGCCAAAAGAAUCAAACACUAUGCACCAUACUUCUAAUAUAGCCAGAUGCACUAACUGAAUGUACAACAACUCACUUUAGAUGUAAUCAUAGAAUGUCUUUCUGAAUGCUGUGCAUUAAUUUCUGUGAAGAUUGUACAUUGCAAAUUAAAAUACCAAUCCCA